AUGCUCUCUCUCGCCCAGGUCCCGGAUGAGAUACUUCUCCAGAUCCUUCACUACGUCUCAGCAGAGGACACCCUGCUCUCUGUUCACCCUUUAUCAAGACGCUUACACCACCUCGCCAACGAGCCUAUCCUAUGGCGAUACUACUGUCUGCACUCAUUCAAGUAUUGGCACCCGGAACAUCAGUUUCGCGACAAAUUACUAGAGCCGGCCUCAAAGGUAUCCUGGAAGCGUCUUUUUCUCUGCCGUAUACGACGUAACGCUAGAGUUGCCAGCCUCUUCGACGGGGUUCUGGCAACUAAGCAUGGCCGGGUUAAGAAAUUUGAAGAGAUAUGCCUGCUGGGUCUCGAUGCGAAAGACUUCCUCUUAAAUCAAGCACAGACGCCUGAGCUGGCCGAAGAUGUCUUAUCUCGGAGGUACUUUAGCAACGCAAUGCUCGCCAGCAUUCGCCGCGGCGUCGCCAUUCAAAUAUGGGACAGCUUACGGAGUUCGGAAGCAGAAGAGGCAUGGAGAACCAACCAGACCCCAAGAGUCGUCCCUCGCAGGCUGGAGCGUGCCCUGGCUGCGUUUGACAUGUUUGUCCUCCCCGAUGACGUUGGUGACGUUGACGAUGUAAAGCUCACCCCUGCGCCUUCGUGGCUGCUGGCUGACAGAUCAUAG